AUGGCAGCUGGAUCCCACGUCUCUCUUGAGGGUUGGGAGCACCUGCCGAACCUUGUUUUGAGUUUGUUCCUGCAACUCACUCUGGACAAGACACUUACAGGUAAUGUAAAACAUAUGUUUUUUUAUUAGUAGUUUUAGACUUUUUUUUGAUGGACCUGAGAUUUGCUGAUCCUUUUUUGUGAAUGAAUAAAGUUCACGUUCAUCACUACACAGAUGUCGUUUGGAGUCCCGUUUGCCACCGCCAACUGCUCCAUCACAGCCAAGAGUGCCUUCUGUUUGAUCUUCAUGUGGAGAACUCUCUUCAGAAAUCUGCACUGUAACCGGUCACUCUAGGAGAAGCUGUUUGCAGAGAUUCCCACCACACAAGUACUGGACCCAGUGGCUGGUUCUGGAGGAGAAUGUUCCUCUGCCCUCAGUGAGGCUGCCCUGCGCUGACAUAGAGAGCUUAUGGGGAAUUGAGAAGGAUGUGUUGGCAGGUCCAGUCCAAGGUGAGUUCAUUUCUUUUUGGAAGUUGUAAAGUUAUAUUUAAAUUGGCAGUUUGGCUCCGAAGAGAUGCCACCCCUUGUGUUAAAGAGCCACUGAACACACCGAUUGGCACAUGUUUUUUUGUUGCUCAUUAGAAAAACAAGAUUUUAGUCUUGGAGGUGUUUCCUCUUUGGUUAAUGUUUGUCCCCCAUGAGAUACUGUAGAUGUGGAAGCCUAGUUCACUUCCUCAAAAUCACCAGAAUGAAUCUAAGAACUUAAGAAAUCUGUAAUAAAUUUAACAUUUUUGCCAAGUAUAUUUUAGUUGCACAAUUUUACAUCUAAGGUGUUUGGUGCAGUAUUUCUCAAGUUAAAAAAAUGUGCGAUGAGUUGUCUUAUGUAAACAAAAUCGGGCUGCUGGGCAUGUCUGUCUCGCUGUUUAUGCUAUUGGAUAGAGAACAAUCAUCGCAGCUGUUCACCCAUGUUGGGCCGGCGCACAAUUGGCCCAGCGUCGUCCAGGGUAGGGGAGGGAAUGGCCGGCAAGGAUGUAGCUCAAUUGGUAGAGCAUGGCGUUUGCAACGCCAGGGUUGUGGGUUCGAUUCCCACGGGGGGCCAGUAUGAAAAAAUAAUAAUGUAUGCACUCACUAACUGUAAGUCGCUCUGGAUAAGAGCGUCUGCUAAAUGACUAAAAAAAAUAAAAAAAAGUUUUAAAAAAUGUUAGUGGGCAAAAUGUACAUCCUCAAAUGCAAGAGUACACAUUUUGCCAUGGGGCAGAGAGAAAAUUUAGCAUUUUUAAAGCUGAAAUACAGGUAUGUUGACUGUGAUAAAAGGCACUGGAUUAUGAGAUAUCUUGUUUGCUAAAUGAACAAAUGAAAUAGGCAGUGGCAUGGUACAUAUAGCCAUUGAAGGACAGUGACAUACAGUGCAUUCGGAAAGUAUUCAGACCCCUUGACUUAUUUCCAUAUUUUGUUACGUUACAGCCUUAUUCUAAAAUUGAUUAAAUAAAACAUUUCCCUCAUCGAUCUACAUACAAUAUCCCAUAAUGACAAAGUGAAAACAGGUUUUUAGAAAUUUUUCAAAAACAGAUAUACCUUAAUUACAUAAGUAUUUAGACCCUUUGUUAUGAGACUCGAAAUUGAGCUCAGGUGCGUCCUGUUUCCAUUGAUCAUCUUUGAGAUGUUUCUACAACUUGAUUGGAGUCCACCUGUGGUCAAUUUAAUUGAUUGGACAUGAUUUGGAAAGGCACACACCUGUCUAUAUAAGGUCCCACAGUUGACAGUGCAUGUCAGAGCAAAAACCAAGCCAUGAGGACGAAGGAAUUGUCCGUAGAGCUCCGGGACAGGAUUGUGUCAAGGCACAGAUCUGGGGAAGGGUACCAAAACAUUUCUGCAGCAUUGAAGAUCCCCAAGAACACAGUGGCCUUCAUCAUUCUUAAAUGGAAGAAGUUUGGAACCACCAAGACUCUUCCUAGAGCUGGCCGCCCGGCCAAACUGAGCAAUCGGGGGAAAAGGACCUUGGUCAGGGAUGUGACCAAGAAAUCAAUAGUCACUCUGACAGAGCUCUAGAGUUCCUCUGUGGAGAUGGGAGAACCUUCCAGAAGGACAACCAUCUCUGCAGCACUCCACCAAUCAGGCCUUUAUGGUAGAGUGGCCAGACGGAAGCCACUCCUCAGUAAAAGGCACAUGACAGUCAGGAUCUAGGGAAAGAUGAACGGCGCAAAGUACAGAGAGAUCCUUGAUGAAAACCUGCUCCAGAGCACUCCGGACCUCAGACUGGGACGAAGGUUCACCUUCCAACAGGACAACGACACUAAGCACACAGCCAAGACAACGCAGCAGUGGCUUCAGGACAAGUCUCUGAAUGUCCUUGAGUGGCCCAGCCGGAGCCUGGACUUGAACCCAAUUGAACAUCUCUGGAGAGACCUGAAAAUAGCUGUGCAGCGACGCUCCCCAUCCAACCUGACAGAGCUUGAGAGGAUCUGCACAGAAGAAUGGGAGAAACUCCCCAAAUACAGGUGUGCCAAGCUUGUAGUGUCAUACCCAAGAAGACUCAAGGCUGUAAUCGCUGCCAAAGGUGCUUCAACAAAGUACUGAGUAAAGGGUCUGAAUACUUAUGUAAAUGUGAUGUUUCAUUUUAUUUUAUACAUUUGCAAACAUUUCUAAAAACCUGUUUUUGCUUUGUCAUUAUGGGGUAUUGGGUGUAGAUUGAUGAGGGGAAAUUAAAAAAAAAAUCAAUUUUAGAAUAAGGCUGUAACGUAACAAAAUGUGGAAAAAGUCAAGUGGUCUGAAUACUUUCCGAAUGCACUGUAUGUGGUUUUCAGUUAGUUAUUUUUGGCAACCCAUCCUGUGAGAGUGAAUGUUAAUCUGUUCUGUUAUAUUUAAUCUAAUCUGACUAAACCAGUGCACUGCUUGCUACGAAUUCUAUCUGAUGGUGUUUGCAUGUUUAGGUAAAAAGUAUAAUGUCCUGUUUGGAACACUGACAAGUAAAAGCAAUCUGAUUGGCUGGGCUUGCCUCCCUAGAGGCCUACGCCCCUGCUGCCACACAUAUUGUCCUGAAUGAAAGUUUGGCAGGUAGUGGAAGAAUGUUUGUCACUUGAAUAUUGCAACCGUGUUUUGUUCUUCUUUGGUAGACAAAGAUGAUGAUGACGAGGGCAACAUGCUGAAGUUUGAAUGGAAGAAGCUGUAUGCCUCUUGAGCAUCCUGGAAGUAUUGCCAAUGUUUUCCAGCAUGUUCUCAAGCAACUACAUGCGAUGCAUGCAUACUAACAAAGUUUUGCAGGUGUUCACAUGGUUUUGGGCAUGUGCCAGGUGCUAGAAAUGUCAACAGCAGUACCGGUGCUCUAAAAACAUUCAGGUAAAUUAUACUUUCCUGUGGAUAUUUUCUCUCUAAUUUUGACAUACUGACGGACCAACUGCAGACAACCGGUAGAGUAAUUUCAAAUGUAAUUUUAUUCAACAUUCUGGCUUGGACUGUGAAUUGGUAUCAGUCUGAUUUAUUAGGCAAGGUCAUAUGGGGCAUACCAUUUUUUUUUUUUUUAACUUUUGCUGGGAUCAAUUUUAGGACUAGUCUGCUCUCCACAGCCAGUUAUGAAUUAUAAUUAGUCUCUUCACUGUGAACGCAAUGGGAUUCAAAGGUGGUAAUGUCCUUUAUUGCCUGCUAUGAGCUGGAUGCCGUAUUUGUUAUACAGAUGGACUUUUUGGCAGUGCAGAUGAAGGCUCUUGACUGUUGUGCUGUGGCAAUGGCCAAGUUAUGUGUGAAUACUGGCCAGAAACAUGGCUGUUCCCAAUGGAUAAAGAAAACACCUGUAAGCAAUGACUUUAUUUAAUCCUCAAAGCAGAGCCCUCAUCUGACUCAUCAUACCCAAUCUUUCGAAUGCUGUACUGGGAAGCACGACAUUGGCAUUUUACUCUGGAAAACCUUUGAGCUGUAUCCCCUUGCAGGAUUCUGGUUUAUUACAGACAGUCUGUCUAUGAUUGAAGCCAUCGAGGUAAAAAAGGUUAUCCAAUUUUUUGCACUGCUGAGUUGCUUCAAAGUGUUUUUAUCGGCUGGUGAUAUGGGGAGCGGAAACUUAGACACAAAUAGUUUCAGUUUCCGAGCUGUCUCCCUCCGGAUUAUGAGUAAUGUUAUACCCUCUGAACUGGAGCACUAGUCCUACCCUUUAUACACCAUCUGAAAUCAACUGCAUAGGCCUACAGGCAGGGCAAUGUUUAUGGCAGCUAAUGGCCUAUAGGCCUCCCUUAUUCAUAUACUGUAUGUUCCAUUUCAUGAUCCCAAAAUACAUUUUACAAACUUCUGAAAGUGGCAGACAUGAAUCGAUCUGUGUUCAUUUAAAAAUGAGUCCUGUUUUCCCCGUAUAUUUUGGACUCCACUAGAUUUAGAUGGGGACUGUUGUGGCGUUAUCCAUGUAUUGGAGCAUCAAUGCAAUUUCACCCUUGACAUGCAGUGCAUCCACUUGUGCUAAAGGUUUCUACCCUGAAGCCUUUCUCCCUGCCUCUACCAGACCACUGCGAGCUGGAGACCAGGUUCAGUCAGUACACCCAGUAUCGGUUCCUGUGGCUCUUUACCUACUGGCUGUUCUGCCAGCCGUCAUCCUUCGACAGGCAGCUCAGGGCCAUCUACCUACAGUGAUGGAAGCACAGUAAGAGGACGGUGGCAUCCUGGGGAGGCACACUGUGUGACGUCCGCUACCUGGCCUCGCUCCACCACCGACUACUGGAAGGGCAAGCUGGCCCGGGGUGACGGGACUGUGGGUGAGUAACGCUUUGAGAUGUUGCGCCCACCCUAUACUUUUAUUCUACUUUGUGUUAAUGUUAUGCACAGUCAUGGCACUCUGAUUCAAUUGACUGCGCUGAGUGUAUCAAACCUUGUGCUUACUCUGGAUUUGUUUUAGAAUGGUGCCCACUCUUGGGUGCUCAUAAAUACACUUCACUCAUUAUGGUUAUAUUAAUUUUCUAUGCCACAAGAAUAAUAUCAUACCACCUUGACUAAUGACUGUUAAUGGUAGCAUUUCUUUAUACAUUAUUAAUUGGAUGCAGUGAGUAGGGAAAUUAAUAAGCCUCUCCCUCGACACUGAGGCUCUUCUAUGGAGCAUUACCCUGUGUUCAGCUCUGCUGUCUGUUGUACUAUAAGAGGUUUUGAACAAAGGCCACUGGCUUUCAUGCCAAGUGUCUAUUCUCCUUCCUCCCAGGAAUUCAGACGGUGGAGAACUAUUUCUCCAUGUGCAAAUCAAUGGUGGCCUUAAUUUUAAGUGCAUUCCCGCUGAUACAGAUACUGUGCCUAUCGGCAUUUUGUCUGGUGGUAAUGGGGCUACCUUGGCAAACAUGCCAGUGGUCAUACCUUCCUGUGUGGUGUCCCAUAUACAACAGGAGUUCCCUGAUCCUGGUGCAGAAUACACAGGGUUUGUCCCUCCCCAUAUUAACUGAUACCACUCAAUUCAAUAAUAAAAAAAGACUAAAUAAAAGUUGUCUAGUAAAAAUGUGAUGCCAAGUCUAUGUUCAUUCAGAGACAUCGGUAUCAAGCCCGUCUGUCAGUCUGGACUUUGACGACCGUUGGUGAGCAGGCAAGAGUUGAGGCUGGAGGUUAGGUCUUUGCCAGAGCCCCAGUGAUGGCUAUAGCAGCAUAGAUCAGCUCCUUGCCCCUCUUCAAAGAUACUACACAGACACUCAGACAGACACUCAGACAGACAGACACUCAGACAGACAGAUUUACAUUAUCAUUGGUGGUUAUGAUUAGCCUGGGGGAACCAACCUGAUCGCUGCGUUCACCUUUGUUAUCAUAAAUGUGCAGUGAAAUAGAAUGGUGAACACAGCGAUCAGGUUGGUUCUGCCAGACUAGGUUAUGCCCUUGACAUUAUAUGAAUCCAAGAAGUAGAAAAUAAGCAACAAAUGUCAGUUUACAUCAAUUGUUUCACAAUUGGGUUUUCAAAUGUAUCAAAGUAAUGAAGUGGUUUACCUUCUGUAUUUCUACAAAUGAUGAGCCUGUGAAAGCUGUUGCCGCUGGCCGGAUACUUGCCAACAUUCAUAGGAAUGCACACAGCGAGGGCAUGUCUGCAUGAUGCUGAUGAGGGCCCCCUUGCUGGUCUUCUCUAUGCUCCAUGUUCUGCUCAAACUGGACAUCUCUUGAACAACUGCAACAGGCAAUCUUAUGAGGUGGUGUUGACUGGGAGGGCCUGUGACAGGGUGAUUUAUAAUAGACAGCUAAGUGGUAAAUUGCAUUUUGGGUCUAAAGAAAGGACGACACUAAUGCACUUCACAACCAAAAUGACUCUACUAGUUGUAUCUGCUUGGCUGGGGAAUUGGCCUAUUAUUUUAUCAAGCUGGGUAUUGUAUUUUUGAAUACAACUUUUCACAUAACACACUAUCUGUUGUUGAUGAAGGCAGUAACUCUGGUCACUAUCAGAGGCCUUAUGAAGAUGUGUCCUUUUCAUAGGAGUUGAGGGAGAUGGUGUCACAAGGGUACUUGUGUCGCAUGACACACUUUCAUUCUGAGGUCUUGCCUGACAAGCUGUGAAAAUGGUAAGUGAACAGUGAAUGAAAUGAUUUUGAGGUUGCUAAACCAUUGCAAUCACAUUGCUGGACGUGUUAUGAUACCCACCUUUGCUGCUUCUGUUAGGUCCCAGCAUCCGUUCAUGACCAGGGGAUCAGACUGGCACCCAACUGGUUAAACGAUUGUCAUCAUCCCUCAAUUAUAAACAUUGCUUGAGAUCUCGUUUGGAAGCUAAUUCUAUGCUUUACAGAUUGGAUUAGAUUCAGGCCAGUGACGCUGUUACACUAUACAACCAACUGUGACAUGUUUUGCUAUGGUCCUGGGUUGGUUUGAGUUUGCUGCUGCUAGUUAGUACACUGUGACUGUUUCGUCUAGAUUACAAUUACUAACUUGGAGUGGAAUGGAAAUAAUUGCUAUAUUAUGUUGUCAAAUUUACUUUCGAUGUUGCCAUUGCUGUUACUAGCAAAGUUUGUCAAAUAGCUAGCAAUGCUAAUGUUAGCUAGCUAAAAUACGGUGGUCCCCUCUAUCGUAGUUAGCUGGCUAAGGUUAUAGCUACUGUAUCUAAAGUCAAUCUGGCCACAUCACAAUCAUGACAAAAGGUUUUCCUACAAAUGAUUUACCUUUUUAAAUGUUAUUGUGUUUCUAAGCCAAAUCCGAGUUUUAUUGAGGUAGGCUAACGCUAGGUAGGGUGGCUAACGCUAGCAAGGUGGAUGACGUUAGCUAGGCUAGAGGUUAAGGUUAGGGUUAGCUAACAUGCAAAGUAGCUAAAAAGUAUUAAGUUGCUAAAAUGCUAAAGUUGUCCGUGAUGAGAUUUCAAACACGCAACAUUUGGGUUGCUAGACGUUCGCAAUAUACGCCCACCCAUCCACCCCGACCAACCCCUUACUUUCGUUGUGGCCUUAAGUAACCAAAUGUAGCAUAUCAUACUAAUUUUAGUGUCCCAAAUUAAAAUGUACUAAAUCAAAUAAAAUCAAAUAAUAUGUUAUUGGUCACAUACACAUGUUUAGCAGGUGUUAUUGCGGGUGUAGCGAAAUGCUUGUGCUUCUAGCUCCAACUGUGCAGUAAUAUCUAACAAGUAAUAUCUAACAAUUUCACAACAAAUACCCAAUACACACAAAUCUAAGUAAGGAAUUAAUUAAGAACAUAUAGAUAUAUGAACAAGCGAUGUCAGAGCUGCAUGGACUAAGAUACCGUAGAAUAGUAUAGAAUACAGUAUAUACAUAUGAGAUGAGUAAUGCAAGAUAUGUAAACAUGAUUAAAGUGCUAGUGUUCCAUUUCUUAAAGUGGCCAGUGAUUUAUAGUCUAAGUCUAUAGGCAGCAGCCUCUAAUGUGCUAGUGAUGGCUGUUUAACAGUCUGAUGGCCUUUUCAGUCUCUCGGUCCCAGCUUUGAUGCAACUGUACUGACCUCGCCUUCUGGAUGAUAGUGGGGUGAACAGAUAUUUAUUCCUAUCUGCGCGAUGAACUGAGAAUCCCUCUGGCUGGACCGUUUCCGAGUAUCCCGAGAGAGCCAUGUUUCCGUGAAACAAAGUAUGUUACAGGCCCUGAUGUCUCUCUGGAAAGAAAUCCUUGCCCUGAGCUCAUCAACUUUGUUAUCCAAAGACUGAACAUUAGCGAGUAAUAUACUCGUAAGCGGUGGGUGGUGUACGCGCCUCCUAAGUCGAACCAGCAGGCCGCAUCAAGUGCCUCUCCUCUGCCGGCGAUGUUUGGGUCGGCCUCUGGAAUCAGUUCAAUUGCUCUUGGGAGAGCGAACAAAGGAUCUGCUUCGGGGAAGUCGUAUUCCUGGUCAUAAUGCUGGUAGUUCUGGUGAAUUACCGCCGCUCUAAUAUCCAAUAGUUUUUCCCGGCUGUAUGUAAUGACACAAAAUAUUUCCUGAGCGAAUAAAGUUUAAAAAAAUAAAAAUAAAAAUACACAAAGUUUCCUAAGAGCCAGUCGCGAGGCCGCCAUCUCCGUCGGCACCAUCUUACUAGUCUAUGAGACCAGGCUGGUGUAUCCUGCUGGAAGCAUGCAUUGCAUGGUCAAUCCAAAUAGGGCUUUUCAGUCUCAAACGGCUGUGAUCCUUUGAACACGUUGGUUGGGGGUGAUGAAACAACAGAGCCCCAUUUAAUGAAGGGAAGCGAAGUCGGCGGACAUGUGAUUUGCACAUGGAGCUUGGCAAAAGGGGGCUAAUUGUAAUCCAAACCCAACCUUCAUUUACUCGUUGUGACGCACUGAGGUUUCAAACUCAGUUUUAGACUAGACUGACUUUGACCAAAUUUAUCCUAUUUACACUUUGUAGUCAAUUUUGACGCUAGAAUAAAUGUUUCUGACUCGAUGGCACAGGUCGUUUUCAAAGGUAUUAGUUGGUUUUUAGGGGCAGUCACUCUUUAAAUGACUACAUUUCAGGCAAAAUGAGUGGAGUGUAAUGUGCAGUGUACCUACCUAAAUGACAGCACAAUUAUGUUUUUGUCAACACUUGACUUGUAUUGGAAAAAAUAUGAGAGAUGCCUGACUUUUCAACAUUAUGGAGGACAAUGAUCAUUUCCUUUGCCAAACUGCUUGUAUACAAAUGAAUUUCUGGCAUCGAUUCAGUGGUGUCUUUAGUAUUCCAUCAGUGUGCAUCUUCUUCCAUUAAGCAUCUCCAGAUCAUUAGCUCUGUGCUGGUGAUUUCACAGGUCACAGCUUGAGCAGGCUGCAGGAAGCGCAUAGUCCCAUGUAAUGGACUGCUAAAUGGAUUAUAGACGUAUCAAUGCAUGUCCCACUCAAUUACACUCCAUGUGUGAAUACAGGGUAGCUGCAGCCUUGUACUCUAUAGCAAUAGCCAGAAAUACAAUCAAGGACAGUGUUACCAAGACAAUUGAUAAAAUCAUAUUGGCUUUUGGCACAUUAGUGGUUUGUAUAAGAAAUUAUGGAUGGAAUUGUUUUUCUCAGCUAGUUUACUUGAUGUAUAGAAUUGGAAAAGCACUUGUUAACUUUGGCAUGAGGAAUUAGCUUGGAUGACAAUAGUAUAUAGGCUGCUGUAGUGUUUGAUGUUCCUAAAUUCUACUGUAUGAUUGUCUGAUGGAUUAGUGAUUGACUGAGUGCAGGUGUACGAGGACACCCUGCAGGGCGUGUACCUGCUGCAGGAGACCCUUGUGGAGCACAAGUGGUUCUGGCAGGUAGCCAAGGUCCAGAUUGCCCGAGUGUGCACCCUAAAGAGACUGCCAUCAACUGGAAGAUAAUCGAGACACUUCCCUACUACAAGUAUGUGAUUAUUACACUGAACAAAAAUAUAAAUGCAACAUGCAACAAUUUGAAAGAUUUUACUGAGUUACAGUUGAUUUAAGGAAAUCCGUCAAUUGAAAUAAAUAAAUUAGGCCCAAAUCUAUGGAUUUCACAUGACUGGGAAUACAGAUAUGCAUUUGUUGGUCACAGGAACCUUAAAAAAACAAAGGUAGGGGAACCAGGCAGCAUCUGGUGUGACAACCAUUUGCCUCAUGCAGCGUGACACAUCUCCUUCGCAUAGAGUUGAUCAGGCUGUUGAUUGUGGCCUGUGGAAUGUUGUCCCACUCCUCUUCAAUAGCUGUGUGAAGUUGCUGGAUAUUGGCGGGAACUGGAACACGCUGUCGUACAAGUCCAUCCAGAGCAUCCCAAACAUGCUCAAUGGGUGACAUGUCUGAGUAGGCAGGCCAUGGAAGAACUGGGACAUUUUCAGCUUCCAGUAAUUGUGUACAGAUCCUUGCAACAUGGGGCCAUGCAUUAUCAUGCUGAAACAUGAGGUGAUGGCGGCGGAUGAAUUGCACGACAAUGGGCCUCAGGAUCUCGUCACGGUGUCUCUGUACAUUCAAAUUGCCAUAGAUAAAAUGCAAUUCUGUUCGUUGUCCGUAGCUUAUGCCUGCCCAUACCAUAACCCCACCUCCACCAUGGAGCACUGUUCACAACGUUGUCAUCAGCAAUCCACUCUGCCAUCUGCUCGUCACAGUUGAAACAGGGAUUCAUCCGUGAAGAGCACACUUCUCCAGCGUGCCAGUGGCAUUUGAAGGUGAAUAUUUGCCUACAGAAGUCAGUUACGACGCCAAACUGCAGUCAGGUCAAGACCCUGGUGAGGUCGAUGAGCACACAGAUGAGCUUCCCUGAGACGGUUUCUGACAGUUUGUGCAGAAAUUCACAGUUUCAUCAGCUGUCCGGGUGGCUGGUCUCAGACAACCCCGCAGGUGAAGAAGCUGGAUGUGGAGGUCCUAGACUGGCGUUGUUACACGUUGUCUGUGGUUGUGAGGCCGGUUGGACAUACUGCCAAAUUCUCUAAAAUGAUGGAGGCGGCUUAUGGUAGAGAAAUUAUCAUUACAUUCUCUGACAACAGCUCUGGUGGACAGCUUGCCAAUUGCACGCUCCCUCAAAACUUGAGAUCUGUGACAUUGUGUUGUGUGCACAUUUGAGUGGCCUUUUAUUGUCCCCAGCACAAGGUGCACCUGUGUAAUGACCAUGCUGUUUAAUCAGCUUCUUGAUAUGCCACACCUGUCAGGUGGAUGGAUUAUCUUGGCAAAGGAGAAAGGCUCACCAACAGGGAUGUAAACAAAUUCGUGCACAACAUUUUAGAAAAAUAAGCUUCUUGUGCGUAUGGAACAUUUCUGGGAUCUUUUAUUUCAGCUCAUGAAACAUGGCACCAACACUUUACAUGUUGCGUUUAUAUUUUUGUUCCAUAUACAGUGAGGGAAAAAAGUAUUUGAUCCCCUGCUAAUUUUGUACGUUUGCCCACGGACAAAGACAUGAUCAGUCUAUAAUUUUAAUGAUAGGUUUAUUUGAAUAGUGAGAGACAGAAUAACAACAAAAAAAUCCAGAAAAACGCAUGUCAAAAAUGUUAUAAAUUGAUUUGCAUUUUAAUGAGGGAAACAAGUAAUAAAUAAGGUUGGAAUAAUACUGUGAAAAUGAUAAAGCCCUUUUAGUGUGUUUGAAAAGAACACCUGAAAUUUCUGCCUGUUUUGGUGGGAUGGAGUUUUGGCCUGUCUAGUGACGUCACCAGGCGGUAAAUUGGUGAAUGGACCCUUGUGCAUUUCAGAUCCUAUUGAGUGGGAAUAUGGAACUAUACUGUCAGUUGGUUAAAAACUUGUUAGCUAUGCUUUGAAGCCUGGGGAGAGAGCAGUGUGUAUCGGCGCACCACUGGUAGCUUCAAAGACAUUGCCUGCAGAGCAGCACCCAGCGCUAUCCACUGUCAGUCGAUGAUAUGUUUGAACUUCAAGACUGCUCAUCCCCUCAACCUAUACAGAGGAGUUCAACAGAAGCACAUAACUCAAACUCAGAGCCUGAAUCUUUUACCCCAGAAUUGAAUGACAUUUUUCCAGGCUCAUUGUGUUUUUCCCCUGCUUUCUUAAAGUGCAGUUCAAACCACAACAAACCGGUCACCCCGCCAGAUUCGGCAAACAGCUGAGGGCUGGGGAUGGAGAAAUUUAACCAUAGCUCUACAGAGCUAUGAAUGCAAGGACAAUCCAUGAGAUCUAAAUUAUAGUUUAAACCAUGUUUUGUAAUUAUACAGUGUUUGUAAACAAUGUAAUUUAAACAAAGGUGUAAAACAAGCUUAUUUUGGGUUCUGAUGGGGUUAGACAGUUGAACUAAAUUCUUGAGACAUUUAAUUAAUUUAAAAGUCCAAACAUGGAUGUUGCAAACACAGAUUGCUCCUUUUUUUGUAUCAGGAACAUGACUAUUUUGGAAUUCAUAAAACAUUUUUGUCAUGCAUUUUCUGUCAUUCAUUCAUAUUAGCCAGAUGGCCAUUAGAAAUGUCAGAAGUUUAACUUUCUGGUCAUCCCCCAGGCAGUACAUAGUGUCAGGCAAUGCGGUGUACCUAGGGCGCAUGCAGGGCUUCCUCCAAAGGAAGAGGCUGGUCCAUCACUGGAUCUUCCUGGAGCAGAACUCCUGGGUCAGACGGGUGCUGCCUGACAACCUUUACCCUCUGCUGGAGUUUGACACCAAGAUCUCCCAA